AGGUUAUUUAAAUGAGUUAACGCCGCUGUAAGCUAGUUGGCUAGUUCUUGCCCGAGAGUAUUGUAAAAAUGUCAGCAACAGAAGAAACUACAACGAUGACUAUACCAUGUGUUCUCGUCACUAGCUCUGACAGUGGUUUUAAAGAAGAGGAAUUAAUAAAACAGAUUCUCAAUUUAAAUACUUUGCCCGAACCGACCAAGCGGGAAGAAGCAGUAAGCUGGUAUCCAUGGACUAUCAACAACAAGUAUUACACAGCAGACGUCAGGCUUUGUGUCGUUCCGAGCACUUUUCAGAUGACAUCAGAGAUUGCUCAGUCUAUGCAGGCUUUCAUCGCUUAUUUUGACAGUUCAGUGAAAGACGGACUGGAAAAGCUGCAUCCUUGGAUAUCAGUGAUAGAAGAUAUUGCUCCAGAGGUGCUCAUUCUGGUCUGUGACAAAGUCUGUGAAAAUGGUGUCACAAGACAUGAAGCACAGCAGUGGUGUUUGGCCCAUGCGUUUGAGCUGGUGGAGCUCAAUCCUCAGGAGCUGCCAGAUGAGGAUGAUGACUUUCCAGAAUCCACUGGAGUAAAGAGAAUUGUUCAAGCUCUCAAUGCUAAUGUGUGGACCAGUGUGGAGAUGAAGGAUGGGCACAAUCAGGGACUUGGUCUGAUGAGUAGCUUGGUUGCUUGCAGGCACAACAACCCACGCAGCUGUCAAGACCCACCAUCUUCCAGUUCACCAGUAGGGGGCACUUUAGUCAAUGAAGAGGAUGACCAGAAAGAAAAUAGUACACACUCAAGCACACAGGAAGACACGGUAGUUGAUGCAAUGACAGAUUUGGAUAUCCAGGAACUUGCCAAUCUCACAGCUGGUGAUGCAGACGUGGAUAACUUUGAACGCCUGUUUACCAAGCUCAAAGAGAUGAAAGACAAAGCCUCCUCAUUACCUCAUGAGCAGAGAAAAGUUCACGCCGAGAAGGUAGCUAAAGCGUUUUGGAUGGCCAUUGGUGGUGACGAAGAUGAAAUAGAUGGGUUAUCAUCGGGUGAAGAAAGUUAAAAGUAGUUACCGUCACUCAUUCGUUGUUUUUCCUGAUCCACCUACCUUCCCUGGGUCUCCCACAAGAUCCAGCACCCUUUAACCUGCUCCUAGCACUUGGAAGUGGAGAUGUCUACAGAUGUCACUGUAGACGUAGUAAUGAUGAUUAACUUUUGAUUGCUACAAUAAAAUGAUUGCAGUUUUGGUGUGUAAUGAGAAACAGUUGGGUUUCCUGUUAAGGACAGAGAGGAAAUGGAUGGGCCUGGCCCUCAGUCCACUCCCCUGGCAUUCCUGACUCCACUCUCAGCCCCUUCAAUACUUGAUGGUUUUAAAGGUGGAGAAACAUUAUGUUACAUUAUGUGGGCUUUGAUAUAUGCAUUUGUCAUUUAGGUACAGUUGUCAUGUAUAUUUUAAGUGACAUGAUGUGCCUUUUUCUCCGAAUAGUUGUAACAAAUUGCACAUUGUACUGAAUCAACAUAAAAACUGAUUUUAAUUUUUCUUGCUCAGCUCAUUUAUUUUGAAUACAAGUAUUUCACUCUCAUUACAAGGGUGUGUGAAGCAUAUCAUUGACUUAACAAAAAUACUUGUACAUGGAAAUACAAGUCCUGCAACAACUGUCA